AGUGAAGGAAUUCCGUCGGUUCUACCAUGAGCGUACGACAAGCAGUAAUAGAACGUAACGUCCUCCCAUUGACGUUUAUCUGUGGAAAUUCAAUAUGGCGACAAUUUCUAAAAAAAAAUAAACAGUAGCAAGAUGUUAAAUGAAUGUAUUGCGUAGAUACUGGCCAUUUUAAUGGCUUUUCGAACUGAAUUAUACAAACUUUACAGCUAAUAGUCGUUUAUUAAGGAGAAAUUGCCUUAUUACGCCUAUGUGACUUAUGCAAUACGUUACAAUAAUAGCUUGUAGCUGCCGCUUAACGAAGGAAGGAAAAUACAUGAGUGAGGUCAAAUGAUUCACGGGGUUAACUAAGUUUACAACGAUAAUACGUAAUUGUGCUGUGUCUGUGAGCGUGUGUGGUGGUGUCGACGGUCGCAAACCAUCUGCGGCCGAUUUGUAUCGCGAAGUGUCUGACUUAUAACUUAAGAAUUUAUUCCGGUUUUGAUGAGUAAUCGAUUAGAUGAGAUGAUCGAAAGCGUUUCGCGGCGUGCCUUCAGUAGUUCCAGUGGCACUUACAAUGUCCGAGCGUUGGAGCUGCAGAGAGAGCGAAAACUUAACAUAUUAAAUGUUACCGUGCAGUUCUUGGACGAUACCCAACACUCUUUUCAAAUUGAGAAAAAAGCAAAAGGCAGUGCACUGUUAGAGCAAGUAUUCCAACACAUAGAACUCAUUGAGAAGGACUAUUUUGGACUACAAUUUACGGAGAAUGGUGCAGCACCAAAUGCUACUAACACAGAAAUUACGCGUUGGCUAGACCCAAGCAAGUCAGUCAAGAAACAAGUCGGCGGCAACGCGCAGUUCUGGCUAGCGGUCAGGUUCUACCCUCCAGAACCUUCCAGACUCGCUGAGGAGUUCACCAGAUACCUGCUCUGUCUGCAGCUGAGGAAGUUACUGCUGGAUGGAAGGAUGUCUGCGCCUAAGAAUACUUUGCUGUUACUGGCGUCAUUCACGGUGCAAGCGGAACUCGGCGAUUACAAUGUAUCAGAGCAUCCGCCGGACUAUUUGUCCGAACACAGAUUAGUGCCAAAACAGUCCGCUGAAGACGAGAGAAGGAUACGUGAACUACAUAAGUUACAUAGUGGCCAGGCCCCUUCUGAUGCCGAAGCGAACUUUCUAGAACAUGCGAAAAGAUUGGACUGUUAUGGCGUUGAAUCUCAUCCUGCUAAGGAUUACAACGGAAAGGACAUAUUUAUUGGCGUGACCUCAAUAGGUAUAGUCGUCUUCCAGAACAACAUUCGAGUGAACACGUUUUCUUGGAGUAAAAUCGUCAAGAUUUCCUUCAAGAGGAAACAGUUCUUUAUUCAACUUAAGCGGGAACCCUCCGAAUCAUACGACACAGUCCUCGGUUUCAACAUGCGUUCAGGGCGCGCAGCUAAAGCCCUCUGGCGUUGCAGCGUGGAACGCCACGGCUUCUUCCGCCUCCGGGCCCCGCGGAGACGGCCCCUUUUGGGAGCCCUAGGGGCCCUUGCUGGUAUUACAGCCCCUACUGUGCCUAGGACCGAGACACAAGCGUUGGAAGAUGCUAGAAGAUCACGGUCGAGUAAUAGAACUUUUGUCAGACGCAGCAGCUCCCGCACGCGCUCGCGCUCGCCGGGCGCGCCGCCGCCGGGCGCGGCGCCGGGCGCGGCGCGGGGCGCGCGCGUCACGGCCCACGACGAGCCGCCGCCGCGGCCCGCUUGGACUGCGCCCGUGACUGAUAACGUAGACGAAGGCGGCUUCCUUGAGCGCUCCCUCGCCCUUCGCGUUCCUCUUUCCUACGCCGACGACUCAGAUACAGCAUCAGAAGUAGCCGACCAAACGGUCCGGGUUCGACUCUCGGCCGGAGCCGACGGAAGAUUCGGGUUCAAUGUUAGAGGCGGAGGCGGAGCGCCUGUCCUUGUGUCACGAGUCGCACCGAGAAGCCAUCCGCAGCUGCAAGAAGGGGACCAGGUGAUAUCAAUAAACAACACAGACGUGGACGACCUGACCCACGAGCAAGUCGUACAAAUCAUUAGAAACACACGCGGCGUGCUAACGCUCGUCCUUAAACAAAAUGCCGUAUACGAACCUGAAGAAACCGGCCCCGAAGAACCAGCAGUAUGCUUCGUCCCUCUCUGCUCCGGGCAACUAGAGGGAGACGCACUAGAACAAUCCAUGCUUUUACUCGGAGAUGGCCUAGCUAGCGGCGCCGCGUUGAAACAAUAUGAGACUUUACUGAGGAGGAUAGUCGAAGAGCCUUGUGCGGCGUCGAGACAUGUGAACAACGUCAAUAAGAACAGAUACAGGGAUAUUGCCCCUUAUGAUUCUACGCGUGUUAUAAUGAAGAAUUGUUCAACGGGUGACUACAUUAAUGCUUCGUACAUUAAUAUGGAAAUACCCAGCUCUGAGCUCGUCCUUACAUACAUUGCUACACAAGGUCCCUUACCAUCAACCGUGGGUGACUUCUGGCAAAUGGUGUGGGAGUCGGAAAGCAGUCUCGUAGUGAUGUUGACUGUUCUGGUAGAGAGAGGACGGACCAAGUGCCACCAAUAUUGGCCCAAGGUUGGCAACACCCCGCUUAAAGCGACCAACACACUGACUGUCCAGACAAAUAGUGAGCAGAACUUGGGACAUUAUGUAAGAAGAGAAAUGACUAUAAAGGAGUCAAACGGGGCGACAAGGAACAUAACCCAACUUCAAUAUACCGCAUGGCCCGACCACGGCGUACCAGAAGACGCCGCCGCCUUUAUAAACUUCACCCGGUUAUGUUCGCAGCUGAGAAACCAUCGUGCGGUGAUACCAACCGUAAUCGAAGAACUCGAAGGCGAAGCCGAGCGAGUAUUAGACCCGCCGAUCAUCGUGCACUGCUCGGCCGGCGUGGGCCGCACCGGAGCGCUCAUCCUGGCCGAGACCGCCAUCGAGCUGCUGCAGCGGCGGCAGCCCUUCUACCCGCUCGAGCUCACCCGGGCCAUGCGCGCUCAGCGGCCCAUGUGCAUACAGAACGCGAGCCAGUACAAGUUUGUAUGCGAGAGCAUACUAUCGGCGUACAACCAGGGCCUCAUCAACGAGUCCCCAGAAAGCGGCUCCACCUGAAGCCUCACCUUGCCAAUUUAAUAGUUAUCAUGUAAGCGAACUUAUUAUAACAACGACUAAAACGCGGACCAUAUUGGUUAUUUGAUUCUUUAAAUUGAGUUUGUAAACCGUAAAGUGGGGUGACUUUGAAAUAAUGGGGUAAAAUAAAAAAAUGCAAUAUAAUAUUAUGUUUUACUACCGAAGCAUAUCUACCAUUUUUAUACAUACUACGAGUCUGUAGCCAGCAAUCAACGAUACAUUUACAAUGUUUCUUAGUUGGAUCUUUUUAAUGGCUUCCGUCUUUAAAAUUUACAUACAACGUCAUGUGAUGAGAAUAAAAAAUAAAUUACAGUAAUUGAGGUUACUGUCUUUUUAUAUAAGUAGCCCUGUUGUUUCUAAAGUCACACCAUUUUAUUGGAUUCAAACCUCAGGUUGUUUAACCUUUUGACCCGAACAGUUCAAAAGACACUAAUUUUUCGCGUGUACUCUAUAGUUUCAUGGGUAUUAGAAAUAUAAGCGUUUAUAUAAACAUUGUCAGUCUGUAAAGGCAGGAUUCUACUAGUGUGCGGCACAAGCAUUUUAGAACUGAAUUAUGCUUGUGCUGCAUACUGGUGGAAUCCCGCUUUAAGAUUAUCCAAAUUCAAGUAAAAAUGCAAUGAAAAUGUUUGCUAAGACUGAACGGCGAAGUGGCCUUGUAAAGUAGGAAACCGAACGAGGGACCUCAAUGAAGUAUAAAAAUGCGAAGGAAAUUUGAACUUUACUGCCUGUAUGAUAGCGUUUUAAACAUUAAACUCGGAACGGUUCAGUCGAUGUUUCGGACCAGUCUAGAAAUUAUAUGAAUACGUACGAUGAUUAUCAUGUUUAUUUAACUCCCUAAUUAGGUGACUUAGGUGUGUUUUUUCUACUACACACUUAAGGAUUUCCUUAAUAGAUUUCUAUUGCUAACGUGCAAAUAAAGAGCAGCUUUUUCAAAGGAAUUGAAACAGAAGCGUAAUUUUUGUGUUCAAAAUAUAAAACUUACCGGCCUAUUCGAACGUACACUGACAUCAAAGUGAUGUUUGAAUCAUGUUAUUUAGUGACCAUGCUUCUCGCCUGCGUCAAUACAUGCACGAACAAGUACGAGCAAAAUGGACGAUAACGGAAUGACAUCAGUGAGAUGUUCUUCUGAUAUCAGUGUAGGUUCGAAUUUGCCUGUUAGUUCAAUCCGAGAACUGCUUAUUUGUGACAAUGUCAGAUAAAUGGUGCCGUGUCGGUUGUCAAUGAAAAAAAUGCAACAAGGUAUUUUUGUAUGAGAUCGGCUCCCAUUAUCUACAAAUUCGAAAGUCAUCUCGAAUGAACACAUAUCAAAGUAGUUAAAUAAUCCUGCUUAAUGUAUAUUUGUGCUUAUUUUUCUCUAUCUAUACUUUCUGUGGUCUUCACUAUAGUUAUAUCUUGCCUUCGUAACGAAUUUAUACAAAAACUAAAUUAAAUAACUAGUUUUAAUAUUUAUUAUUAUUAUAAGUUUCAUUUCUUGUGCCAUUCACAGAUAAUAUAUUAUUUAAUUAAGGCGAUUUUACCGUAUAAUUAUUUCUUUAACCUUUUAGGCAACUAAAAACUUUAGAUGCCGUUACGUGGGGCUAUUUGGAACCAAUAGGGUUAUUAUAAUCUAAGGAACUUUUAUGACUUUGAAUAUGGAUACGUAAGAGAUUGAACAAGUAUUUUAUUUCAUAUAAAUAUAUUGGAUUUUCACCGAUAAUAGCGGUAUAACAUGUACAGAUAACCAUAAUUUCGUAAAAUAAGCCUCACGCGACGGUUGAUAUUGAUAAUUAAUUUACCGAUUAACUUCGUCGGUAAAAAGGUUAAUUUCAAACCAGUAUUAAGCCAUUCAGAAUAUUAUUUUAUACUAAAACAAGAGGGACCCUAAUAGCAUAAAUUGUGUAAAAUAUAAGUGAUAUCAUUUUUGUGCUAGGGUUUUCUCAUUAUAUAGGGUCAAAUUAAUACAUCUUAAACAACUACUUAAAGAUUUCAAAAUAUAAAGGCGACUGAAUUUCCAUACGAUAUGAAAUCAUGAAUUUAAAGUAUGUAUAAAAACAACAUAUCAAAAACUACUUUACACUUAAGAACCUAAUACUUUUUUUUAUAUAUUAACAAAACAUUUAUUUUUACAUUUUUGCAAGAAAGUUAUAAUUUUUAUUAGCUAGCUGUAUGCCUAUAGAUUAAGCGAAAAUGCCAUAAAUCUAAUUUUAUACCAAUAACAUUAAUGUAUUAUUUAAGCUAUAUAUCCCAGUCCCCUGCUGUAACAUUUGAAAUUAACGCCUAUAUUUUGUUUUUAAUUUAUUUAAUUUAAAUUAAUAUUAGUAACUUAAUAAUAAAUUCGGCCAAAACUAAAAGAAACCUGCAUUUAUCUCCAAAUGUGUUCUUUUCAUUGCAAUCAAUUGGGAGUUAGAAUUGGCCUUACGUAUAAACAUUAGAAGUAGUAAAUAUUUCGUUCUUUGUACUUGAUUAGUAUUUAUAAAAUAGGGUGAAAUAAGAUACUUAUAUGUAUACUGUUUUAUUUAGUCUCGGGUUAAAAAGAACAGUUUACUUAAUGUGACAUAUAAAAUAAACUGUUCCUUUUCACCCCAGGUCUCUUUUGCCCCAUUUUAACAUAUGAUGAAAAAUAGGCACUCUUUAAGUUGACAUUCAGAUGGCAACUGCAUUACCACAGAAUAAAUAAUAGUACUACCGUACAGAAAUGACACUUCGUACAAAACCGAAGUUUGACAGAGAUUCAGUCGAAUCAUGCUAUCCCUUUUUAAUGUCCAUACACUAUCGCUUUCGGCUAUUUAGGGUUGUCUAAAUUUAAGUCAUUAUUUUAUCUGACGUCAAGUUGUGCCAACCCUAAUAAUUGCUCGGAGCAAUGCUUAGCCGAACGGAGCCGAGAAUGGCCGAAAGGAGGAGUGUCGCCCCAUUGACGCGAGCGUCGUCACUGUCAAUAUUUGACCAUUUUUCAAAAUGGGGCGAAAGAGAGCGGAAAAAUCGUUUUAGUUCUUGCUAAUCAUGGUACAAAGAACGGAAUAAUAGGAGUACCUACCAAAUAAAUAAGUGUCUCGAUAAAUGUGUGUUAAAAGAUGA